GCCUUUUCAUCUCUCGCAAUAUUUGCCUUUUGCUCUCUGCUCUCUCAAUCAAUCACUCUUUUCUUCGAACUAACACCCCCUUACGAUUUCCUCACAUUUCAGGUAUUAGAGUUACCUGCAUACGUGGAUAUAGGCAUUUUUGCAUGCGAUCUUCCUUUCCAAAAAGAUUUCGAUUAGGUACACGAUUGCUGUUUGUGGUUUUGGUGGAAAUCCGGUUCUAUCCAUUGGGUUGGGCAUUGUUUAAGAGUAAACUUCCAUGGGUUCAUCUUUGAAUCAGCCUGAGUUUGAUUACUUGUUCAAGUUGUUGAUGAUUGGGGACUCUGGGGUUGGAAAGAGUAGUCUGCUUUUGAGUUUUACAUCCGAUACCUUUGAAGAUAUGUCUCCCACAAUUGGUGUUGAUUUCAAGGUGAAAUAUGUUGAUGUUGGUGGCAAAAAGCUGAAGCUUGCCAUCUGGGAUACAGCUGGGCAGGAGAGAUUCAGAACGUUAACAAGUUCAUACUACCGAGGUGCACAAGGGGUCAUUAUGGUUUAUGAUGUUACAAGGCGAGAUACCUUUACAAACCUCUCUGAGGUAUGGGCCAAGGAAGUAGACCUAUACUCAACAAAUCAAGACUGCAUCAAGAUGCUUGUUGGAAACAAGGUUGAUAAGGAAAGUGACAGGGUUGUAACGAAGAAAGAAGGAAUAAGCUUUGCAAGGGAAUGCGGGUGUCUAUUUAUUGAAUGCAGUGCUAAAACUCGAGUGAAUGUACAGCAGUGCUUUGAAGAGCUUGUUUUAAAGAUAUUGGAUACACCUAGCCUCCUAGCUGAGGGUUCUAAAGGGAUGAAAAAGAACAUCUUUAAAGAGAAGCUGCCACAGUCCGAUGCAUCCACGAGCAGUUGUUGUUGAGACUGAUUAUGUCCCUAAUUUCUCUAAAUUCUGGAUCUCUAACCUACUUGUUUCCUUUUUCAACUAUUUAAAAAAUUGUUUUGUUGUUAUAAUUAUGGUCGAUAAUUUGAAUUGCUUUCAAAUUACAUGUAAAGUAGCGAAGCUAGCAUUGGAGACUAUAUUUCAAUAUUGAAGUAUAUUGAGCAUA